CUAUCUCCACCCCCUUCGAUCCAGCAGAAACCAUAUGUGUGAGAUCGUCACCAGAUAUUGCCACGAAAGAAGUUGGUAAUGAAAAAAUUGUCUUACAUGCAUCAUAUUAUUCUGAAUUCUACGUCACGAUGAAAUAUGACAUCAGCGACACAUGUAGAGAUGAACUGAGGGAGAGGGUUAAAGAUAUCGCAAAAGUACCAUUUGUGAUCAAGAGAUACGUCAAAUCAGAAAAUGUUGACAAUUGCUGGCCCCAACCAUGUCGUAAUGGAGGAACAUGUACUAACUCACAGGAGCCAAACAAAAUGACAUGUGACUGCCCCACAGGCGCAACUGGUCUUGAAUGUGAGAAAG